CCUCUAUUCCCCGAGCGUUCCAACGCUCCGGCCGGAGCGUGUCCCAGCCCACCCCUCACUCCUCAACGCUCCACCCGGCCCCCUUUACCGAGCGUCAUGUCCCAGCCCACCCCUCACUGCUCAACGCUCCGCCGGCGUAUUUCACCGAGGGUUCCAACGCUCCGGCCGGAGCAUGUCCCAGCCCACCCCUCACUCCUCAACGCUCCACCCGGCCCCUUUACCGAGCGUGUCAACGCUCCGGCCGGAGCGCGUCCCAGCCCACCCCUCACUCCUCAACGCUCCACCCGGCCUUUACCGAGCGUGUCAACGCUCCGGCCGGAGCGCGUCCCAGCCCACCCCUCACUCCUCAACGCUCCACCCGGCCACCUUUACCGAGCGUGUCAACGCUCCGGCCGGAGCGCGUCCCAGCCCACCCCUCACUGCUCAACGCUCCACCCGGCGUAUUUCACCGAGGGUUCCAACGCUCCGGCCGGAGCAUGUCCCAGCCCACCCCUCACUCCUCAACGCUCCACCCGGCCCCUUUACCGAGCGUGUCAACGCUCCGGCCGGAGCGCGUCCCAGCCCACCCCUCACUGCUCAAUGCUGCGCCCGGCCUUGCCUGUCAGCAAAACCGGCGCCCCGAGAUUACAUCGGCCACUCGGGUGA